AUGUUGCCGUUACUUUGCAUAGCCCUUUCAUUGCUUCCCCUUGCUUCGUGCGUGGACUUGGAGGUAGGUGACAAGGAAUCGGUCUGCGCAGCUGCGACUUUGAUCAUCGACGGUAUUAUGGACUACUAUGAAGGUACCCGUUACGGAGGUACCGUGGGUAUGUUCCAGGAACCUUACUAUUGGUGGGAAGCAGGUGAAGUUUUUGGAGGUAUGUUGGAUACAUGGUAUUUUUGCGACAAUGAUACAUAUGAAGAUAUAAUUUAUGAUGCCAUCUUAGCUCAGAGAGGUACUGGCAACAGUUUUAUGCCGCAGAAUCAAUCUUUGACGGAGGGUAACGAUGACCAAGGAUUUUGGGCUUUCGUUGCUAUGGGUGCUGCCGAAAGAAAUUUCACUAACCCACCAAGUGACAAACCCGGUUGGCUCGCGCUAGCUCAGGGUUGUUACAACACCAUGUGGGCCAGAUGGGAGACUGCCAGUUGUGACGGUGGAUUAAGAUGGCAGAUUUUUACCUGGAAUUCUGGUUACAAUUAUAAAAAUACCAUUUCCAACGCCUGUCUUUUCAAUAUUGCUGCCAGAUUGGCUCGUUACACAGGAAACGACACCUACGCCGAGACUGCCAAGACCAUCUGGACCUGGAUCACUGAUGUGCAAUUUGCUACUUUGACUGAUGAUUCUUACUCUGUUUACGAUGGUGCUAAUGUCGAUAACAAUUGUUCCACCCUUGAAAGUACCCGGUGGAUGUACAACUAUGCUACAUUAAUGGCCGGUUGUGCAUAUAUGUACAACUAUACGGAAGAAGAAUCAUGGCAGACUGAAGUGGGACGUCUUUUCUCUGGAAUGAGCAUUUUUUUGACAGACAAUGUCCUUUAUGAAAGGCAAUGCCAGACCUCAAAGACAUGCAACAAUGAUCAGCGAUCUUUCCGUUCCAUUGCUUCCCGUUUUCUUGGUGCUACUGCCAGAUUGGUUCCUGCCUACAGUGAUCAAAUCAUGGAAGUAAUCGAUGAUUCUGCCACCGGUGCUGCUGCUUCGUGUAGUGGAGGAAGUGAUGGGCACACCUGUGGUAUGGAUUGGUCUGCUGGAGAUUGGGACGGUGUGUAUGGAUUAGGAGAGCAAAUAUCUGCUUUGGAGGUAAUUCAGAACACCUUGGUGAUGUCUAAGCCUGGUCCAUUCGAUAAUAGCACAGGUACCUCAGAAGGUAAUGUGGAUGAAGGUCUCGGCUACGACUCGACCUCUAAUCCUCACAAGAUUACUGUCACUGGAAAGGAUAAGGCUGGUGCAGGUGUUGCUACUGUUGUCGCCUUGGGAAUUGUCAUUGCAUUAGGAGUUUGGAUGAUUGUAUAA